GUUCAGGCAAAAGGAGUGCGAUUGGUUAGGGUCAGGGUACAAUACCCUGGUAAGCCAAUCAGAGGAAGAGUAGGGCGGGUCUUGCCUUCGCAAUCCUGAGGGGAAAAAAAGAAUAUCGCGACCGGCGUUUCCGGUGCAGUGGACUCAUAUUAUAUUCUAACCCAGUGUGGAGCUGCACCAUCAUGACGUGCUGUCAGUACCUCCUCCUCCUGCUGCUGCUGAAUGUCGGAGUCUCAGCGGUGGAAGUCCAACGCCCUCGCGGUGUUCCUUUGUCAAAACGGCAGUUCUAUGAAGAGGGCAAACCUUUUACUUGCCUGGAUGGCUCCCGCACCAUUCCCUUUGACAGAGUAAAUGACGACUACUGUGACUGCCAGGACGGCUCUGAUGAGCCGGGCACUGCUGCUUGUCCCAAUGGUAGCUUCCACUGCACCAAUGCAGGUUUCCGACCAGGGUUCAUCCCUUCCUCCCGCAUCAAUGAUGGAAUCUGCGACUGCUGUGACACAACAGAUGAGUACAACAGUGGUGCUGCCUGUCAGAACACCUGCAGGGAGUUGGGGCGCAAGGAGAAGGAGAGCCUGCAGAAGAUGGCAGAAAUUGCCAAGGAGGGCUUUCUGCUAAAACAACAACUUAUCCAGGAAGCCAAGAGAGGCCUAGAGGAUAAGAAGGCAAAACUUGCGGAAGUUCAGGCUGGUAAAAAGGAUCUGGAGGAGAAGGUGGAGGCUUUGAGAACUGUAAAGGAGACUGCAGAGCAGCCAGAGAAAGAAGCCAAAGAGCGCCAUCUGAAGGCCUGGGAAGAUGAAAAAGCUCUGAUUCGCAUCCAGAAGGACAAGGCUAGAAUGGCUGAGGUGUUUCUUGAACUGGAUGAUGACGCAGAUGGCUUGGUUUCAGCGGCUGAGCUUGUGUCCCAUCCUGAGCUCGACCCAGAUUCAGAUGGCUCAUUUACAGAAGCAGAUGCUCAGGGAUUGUUGGGUGAAAUGGACAGUGUGGACACAGUAGCAUUUGAAUCUGUUUGGAAUAAGAUCAAAGAAAAAUACAUAUCAGAGGCCAGCGUAGACACCUCUGCACCAGUGGAGACUCCCCAGGAAGAGAUGAGGGAGCCAGUCGCUGACAAUGACUCUGAGCAGUAUCCUGAAGAUGACAUCCCAGAGGAAGAAGAGGAGGAGGAGGAUGAUGAAGAGGAUGAUGACGACCCAGAUGAGAGAGACUAUAAGAGUCCACCUACGUUACAAGAAAAGAAGGAUGACAAUGAUGAGGGGACUAUGCCACCCUACGAUCAAGAAACGCAGAACCUCAUUGAUGCUGCUCAGAAAGCCAGGAGUGAGUUUGAUGAAGCUGAGAGAGCUCUCCGGGAAGUGGAUGAUCAGAUCAGGAACCUUGAGAAGGAGAUAUCCUUUGACUUUGGACCCAGUGCUGAGUUUGCUUACCUCUAUAGCCAGUGUUACGAGUUGACUACUAGCGAGUACAUCUACAGGCUAUGUCCGUUUAACAGAGUUUCACAGAAACCCAAGUAUGGUGGAUCAGAAACUAACCUGGGAACAUGGGGGAAAUGGGCAGGUCCUGAGGAUAACAUCUACUCUGUGAUGAAGUAUGAACAUGGAACAGGGUGUUGGCAAGGCCCUAACAGAUCCACCAUGGUCAAGUUAACGUGUGGAAAGGAGACGGUGGUGACAUCUACCUCAGAGCCCAGUCGUUGUGAGUACCUGAUGGAGUUCAUCAGCCCUGCUGUCUGCCAGGAGCCCCCAAGCCUAGACUCAGUGAUUCAUGAGGAGCUCUAGAUUUAUUUUAUUUGUUGUUCUUGAGGGACCACAGUCACUGCAGCAACAUGAAGUCGCCAUGCCAUGAGUGGCACCAUCUUGGCGUUGAUUAACAAUCAACAAUAAAUGAUGGAAAUUCCAAUGAGUAGUUAUGUCGUCUACACAUCAAAUUUCCCCUGCUACCUGUUGUUUUAUUUUUCCAAAUUCUGUCAAAUGUAGUCAUUCCAUAGUUUUGAAAUAAAGUUCAUUUUUAUCAUCUUCCAAA